AAAAAGAAAAAAAAAGCCGCCGGAGAAGAGGAAAUCCCCGCGAAGCCUCCCUCCUUUCGCCCUACGAAACGAACGCGGAACGAGGUUAGGGUUCUUGACUUCUCUGCCCCGUUCGACGAGGACCGCUCGGAGCCGUAACUUGAUUGAAAUCGAUCGCGUUCUCUUCGGGCGAUCGCCUUGUGCUUCGGGUUUUAUACGAUCCUUCCGUCGAAUCGCUUGCUCUUGGCUUGGAUCGGCCUCGAUUCGCGUUCGUACUUCCAUCGUUUCGGAUUGUUUGGACUUUGGGGGAGGCUUCGCCGUUCGAUCUCUGCCUGUUGGGUUGAAUCUGUUCCACGAAUUUCGAGCGACAUUAUUGUCUGCGGCUGUGGAUUUUUAUGCUGAAUUCGGAGGAGAGAUCGCUUGCGGAUGAGUGCUGGUGAUUUCUGGAUUCAUCUAUGGGGGUUUCUUUGUAAUUGAGAGGGUUUUGGGGUUUAUUUGAUUCGUGAGGAGCUUCACUGUGCUGUGGAUGUAUCUUGUGAUUCUCAGAGAGGGGGAUCGGCUUGCGAGCAUACCUAAUAUAUCUCGGGGUGUUCUCAGGCCAUUGUCUCUGCUGCCUUUUGAGCAGAAAGCUGUUUCCUUCUGCACCCAGAGAGAUAGAUGGGAUAAGGCCGCCUUUGAGCUGCCGGGCGGAUAACUGGGAAGGUGUCAAUAUUACUGAGGUUUAAAAGGUGUAGGAUUUUUGGGUUUUGAGCGGCGGUAAUUCGUGAUGGGCUCAUCUCAAGGUUCCACUUUGUCGACUAAUGUGGCUGGGUUUGUCGAGGGAUCGUCGGCUCAGGGGAUGGUUAAGUACAUCGAUUGUCUUCCUGUUUAUGUGAAGGAGCUGAUUGCUGGGGGUGCUGCUGGUGGCUUUGCUAAGACUGCUGUAGCUCCCCUUGAACGGACUAAAAUACUUUUGCAGACAAGAACGGGGUUCCAAUCUCUAGGGGUAUGGAGAAGCUUGCAGAAGUUGCUGGAGACUGAAGGUUUUAGGGGAUUUUAUAAAGGAAAUGGAGCCAGUGUCCUCCGUAUUGUUCCUUAUGCAGCCUUGCAUUUUAUGACUUACGAGCAAUACCGUUGCUGGAUCUUGAAUAACUACCAAAUUUUAGGUUCUGGGCCCGUUAUAGAUCUUCUGGCUGGUUCAGCAUCUGGAGGAACAGCAGUGUUAUGCACAUAUCCAUUGGAUCUUGCUCGAACUAAACUUGCUUAUCAGCAGGUUAAAAACACAGGAACAACUUUGGGAAAUGGUGUAUCAAGUGUCGCUCUCCAGCCUGCUUAUGAUGGUAUUAAAGAUGUGUUGAGAAGUGUCUAUAAGGAAGGGGGGAUGCGCGGAUUGUACCGGGGUGUAGGUCCAACUCUAAUUGGAAUACUCCCAUACGCUGGUUUAAAGUUCUACAUAUAUGAGGAGCUUAAAACACAUGUUCCUGAAGAGCAUCAGAAGUCCAUUGUGAUGCGAUUAUCUUGUGGAGCUCUGGCUGGAUUAUUUGGACAGACUUUCACAUAUCCACUAGAUGUUGUCAGAAGACAGAUGCAGGUUGAAUCUCUGCAGCCUUCUGUUAGUGGACAUAGAUACAAGAACACAUGGGACGGCCUCUCUUUCAUAGUCCGUAAUCAAGGUUGGAAACAGUUGUUUGCAGGCCUCAGUAUAAAUUACAUCAAGAUUGUUCCUUCGGUGGCAAUUGGUUUCACAGCAUAUGAUACGAUGAAGAAUUGGCUGCGCAUUCCCCCUCGACAAAAGUCGCAGAAUGUGUCUACAUCAUGAAUUUCUGAUGAAAAUCAUGAAGUGGUCCUCAGUUGUGUACAAUUGUCCAAUGUGGCUUUGUUUGUCCUCAUUAAGAUGGUUGACAGGAAUCAUUCGUGUAGAACUAUAUUGCCUUAUCAUGUGACACUUCAGGAAGUGGAAAAUGUUUUAUAAAAUACCAUAUCAAAUGAAGUUUAUACAUUAUUCUCUG